CCCGAUAUUUCUAAUCAUUUAGGGCACGCGGCAAAUAUUCAUACUUUUUGUGUUGGAAAGAGGGAGAAUUGCCGAAGAGCUUUGAUGCGGGGAAGGGAGGAGCGACACAUGGGAGGCGGGGUCGGGGAGUAAAAACAAGAGACCGGGGUUAUUGCGGCAUGCAGGUCAGCAGCUCUGCAUCAUAGCGGGGAAGAGUCCGAGUUUCAUGGGGAAGUUCCUUGGGGACGCGGGGAUAAGAAAGCUUUGAAGAUCCCUUGUACAUACCCUGGCAAUAUUUUCUUCCAACGUCGAUCAACACUUUUCAACUGCUCAACCAUACUUUGUUUGCUUGGAGAAAUACAGAUUCGAAAGUAAAGGCAUAUUUGGCAAGAUGGCAGAAGAAACUGAGAAUAGGGUUGAGCCUACAGCACAGCCUGAAGACAAGAUUGUUUCUGUUGCUCAGGUAGAGGAGAAUACCGCCGCAAAUGUGGUCAAGGUGGACUCCUAUAGAGAUGAUCAUCAUAUUAAUUUGACCUGGAGGUCUUGGAUGGUUGUUUUUGUGACUUGUUUUGCCAUCAUGGCCCAAGUUUUCGUCGUUGUGGCUGCUGGAUCAGUCAUUGGCUUCAUAAUCAGAGAUAUUGGCGAUGCCCCAAUUGCAGGAUGGAUCAUUCAGGGACCGUUGCUCAUGCAAAGCGUGCUGUCUCCCAUCGUCGGUCGCCUCUCCGACGUCCUCGACAGGAAAUACCUGGCUAUGGGACCGCCAGUUCUUUCGUUCAUUGGAGCCGUUGUCUCGGCCAAGGCAACUUCAAUGAAUAUGCUGAUUGGAGGGGGAAUUCUUGUCGGAUGCACCCUUUCUACAAUCUCUAUUGUGCAAGCUAUUCCAUCAGAAGUUCUACCUUUGAAGUAUCGUGCUUUGGCCAACGGGUUUGCAUUCCUUGGCGGAGCUAUGGGAGGAUUAAUUGGAAGUCUCGGCGCAGGAGCUGCAACAAAUGCGAACCCAGGCGGCUGGCGCAACAUCUUCUGGAUGCAAGCCGGCUUCUUUGCUCUAACAGUGCUCGGAUUACUGGCUUUUUACCAUCCGAAGAAGGAGUCUGAUUUUCCAAAAAUGUCGUUGAAGGAGGUUCUCUGGGCUUGUGAUCCUAUUGGAUCCUUCCUCUUUAUUGUUGCAACUACGCUUACACUUUUGGCUUUGGAUUGGGCUGGUGGAGUUUACCCAUGGCAUGACAAGCACGUCGUGGCACCGCUCACGAUCGGACUUGCCUGCUUAGUUGCUUUUGCAAUUUACGAAUGGAAGGGCAGAGAUGAUGGACUUGUGGCACAUGUCUUCUUCAGAAACGGCCCGAACUUUUCACUUUCGGUGUUCGCGUUUGCGGUUGAAGGCUGGAUCUUCUACAGUGCAGUCAACAGUAUCACGCCCUUAAUAGUCCUUAACUUAGGCUUUGAAACUUCGGCAUGGAAGAUCUCGAUCCGGCAGCUCUCUUACACUUUAUUGUCACUCUUCACCUCGAUCCCCAUUACACUUUAUGCUACGUGGAAGAAAGAUCUGAAGACGCCUCUUCUAAUCACAUUUACGUUUUUCUUAGUGGUCACGAUCUGCUAUGCAAAUAUCAAGCCGAGCAUGAACCAUGCUCAACUUGCGUUCAAUAUUCUUUCUGGUAUCGGCCAAAGUGGACCGCUCACCCUCCUUGUUGCACUUGUCCAAUUCACAACGCCCCACGCUUACCUCUCCACCGCAACCGGUCUUGCAUUCUCUGCCAGAGCCAUUGGCGGAGCUUUCGGGUCCGCAGUUCUCGAUACCAUCAUUAAUAGCAAGCUCAAGUCGACUUAUGCUCCCGCCGUUUCAAAUGCUGCCACCAAAGCUGGCCUGCCAAGCUCCUCGGUCCCUGCUCUGCUUAAAGCUUUCGCGUCCGGUACUGGAUUCUCUGGUAUCCCGGGAGUUUCGCCGGCAAUCCUGGCAGCAGCGACGCACGCGAGUCAGGAAAGUUAUGCGGCAGCUUACCGAUUGGCUUGGUCGAGUAUCAUUCCAUUUGUGGUGCUGGCUAUCGUCUCAAUUGUGUUCUUGAAGGGGGUUAAGGAGUUGAUGACUGAGCAUGUUGAGGCUACAGUUGAGAAGGAUGAGCAGGUGGAGAAGCUUGCUGUUUGAAGAGGGUACUUGUUACGAGGGCAAAUGGUGCAUUGGCUGAAGCUGUCCUUCCAGAAUUUGAUAAUUUGAUAAUAAGAAGAUAUCUUGGCUUAAAUUACGGAUGAAAAGGGGG